AUGGCUGCUCCCCCGCCGCCUGGCAUUUACGCCCGCCUCACGCCCGUAUAUCUCGGGCGCGCGGCGGCGGCAUCACGGGCUCUCGUCGAAUGCUCGGCAGCCACGGGCGAGGGCGGGUGCGCCAUUCAACCCGCGCCGACCGCGCGGGCGCUGCUAACCGGCCUCGUUCGCACUGCGCUGGAACGCUUUGCCGGGAUUCCCGCAGCGUUUCCGCUCGUGGCGGGCACGGCGACAAACAGCGUCGAGGAAAACGGGUUGAGCAGCUGCGGGAUGCAAAAGGAGGCGGGGCGCGGAUUUGGGGCGGCAUGGUGCUCGUUGCCGGGAUACAAUGCGCCGGAUGACGACGCAGGAGAGGGCCAUCGUGUCGUGGUUCCGUGCGGUGGGUGGCGGAUCAGAGUCCGAUUCCGAUCCUGGUGCGUGUCCAACAUAGUCAAAGUCACGCCUGCUACCUUUGAGACGCUGUCGCAGCACCCAAACAUUGUCGGCUGCAAGCUCUCCCACGGGGACGUCUCGCAACUCACGCAGAUUGCGUCCAACCCGGCCAUUGACGGCUCCACAUUUCGCGUCUUUACCGGGCUGGGCCAGCAGCUGCUGCCCGUGGUGAGCGUGGGCUGCGCCGGCGCCAUUUGA